GGAAGGGGGGGAGACAGCUGAUGUCUGUCAAAGCCGGAGCCGCCGCGCUCUCGCGAGAGCCCGCCCGGCGGUAGCCACGGGAUGCGGGGCUCAGGUGCGGGCAGAGCGCAGCGCAGCGCGCCCGGCGCCGGGCAGCGGCAGGCAGAGAACUGAGUGAGGGAGGGAGGGAGCGAGGGAGACGGCGGGGGCCGGAGGGAGCCUUGCCGCCCGCUCGCCUACCCAGCCCAGCCUCGGCCACCGCGGCAGCGGCGGCGGCGGGGGCAGGGUCCGCUGCGGCACCGCCGCCACCACCGGCUCCGCCACCGCCACCCGCCGCUGUCAGCGGCUUCCCCCGGCGGGAGGAGAGAGCCCGGAGAGCACUUUUCCCCCGACUUUAGGAGUGUUUGUGGAUUUACAUGCCAAGCCUUCAAGAUGAUGUCCAUGAACAGCAAACAGCCUCAUUUUGCCAUGCAUCCCACCCUACCUGAGCACAAAUACCCCUCUCUACACUCCAGCUCGGAAGCAAUAAGAAGAGCAUGUCUACCAACUCCACCGCUGCAGAGCAAUAUCUUCGCCAGCCUCGAUGAGACCCUGCUGGCGCGGGCCGAGGCUCUGGCCGCCGUCGACAUCGCCGUCUCGCAGGGCAAGAGCCACCCGUUCAAGCCCGACGCCACGUACCACACCAUGAACAGCGUGCCCUGCACCUCCACCUCCACCGUGCCCCUGGCGCACCACCACCACCACCACCACCACCACCACCAGGCGCUGGAGCCCGGCGACCUCCUGGACCACAUCACCUCCCCCUCCCUCGCUCUCAUGCCCGGCGGAGGCGGCGGCGGAGGCGGCGGCGGCGGCGGCCACGACGGGGCGGGCGGCGGCGGCGGCGGGGCCGGCGGCGGCGGGGGCGGCGGCGGCAGCGGCGGGGGCGGCGGCGGCCUCAUCUCCACUUCGGCGCACCCGCACUCGCACAUGCACGGCCUGGGCCACCUCUCGCACCCGGCCGCCAUGAACAUGCCGUCGGGGCUGCCGCACCCGGGGCUGGUGGCCGCGCACCACGGCGCCGCGGGGCAGGUGGUCGCGGCGGCGGUGGUGGGGGCGGCCGGCCUGGCCUCCAUCUGCGACUCGGACACGGACCCGCGAGAGCUGGAGGCCUUCGCCGAGCGCUUCAAGCAGCGCCGCAUCAAGCUGGGGGUGACCCAGGCCGACGUGGGCUCGGCGCUGGCCAACCUGAAGAUCCCGGGCGUGGGCUCCCUCAGCCAGAGCACCAUCUGCCGCUUCGAGUCCUCACCCUCUCCCCACAACAACAUGAUCGCCCUCAAGCCCAUCCUGCAGGCCUGGCUGGAGGAGGCCGAGGGCGCCAGCGGGAAAAAAAUGAACAAGCCCGAGCUCUUCAAUGGGGGCGAGAAGAAGCGCAAGCGGACUUCCAUCGCCGCCCCGGAGAAGCGCUCGCUGGAGGCGUACUUCGCCGUCCAGCCCCGGCCCUCCUCCGAGAAGAUCGCCGCCAUCGCCGAGAAAUUGGACCUCAAAAAGAACGUGGUGCGGGUUUGGUUUUGCAACCAGAGACAGAAGCAGAAACGGAUGAAAUUUUCCCGCCACCUACUAGGGGUGGGCGGGAGGGGCGGCCCCGGCACCGGGGGCACCGGGGGGGCCGGGCCGGGGCCGCGGGGGGACGCCCACGCACCGCCACCGUCGCCUGAGACGCCGUGGGAGGCUCCGGGGGACCAAGGGACGAUGUAGAAAUUAAACGCGAACUACUCGGGGAGAGGGGGGGGAGCGUGCGUGUGGGGGGUGCGCUAUCAAUUAUUAAAACAAAAAAAGACACCGGGACACCAACGAGAAGAAGGAGGAGAGAGGAGGUAAAAACGCUCUAGAAGCCCAGGGGGGUCACUUCUGCGGCCCUCUCCUCUCUCUGCCCCCCCCAGCCCCCCGACAGAAAGCGGGGAGAAAGAGCAACUUAAAGCGUAAACACACACAGACACACACCAAUAAAUACCGUGACAGCAACAGCCACAAACCGAGAAACCUAAGUCACAACUUUCGGAAGGAAAACAAAACCGACCAACAAACCCGGAAGGCGGAACUGUUGGUGAUGAUGAUGCUAUGUUUGGUUUGGGUCUCUUUCCGUUACUUUCUGCUUUUUUUUUUUUUUUUUUUUUUUUUUUUUAAUCUUUUCCCUGGUUAAGUAAUGAAUGAGGACAGUGGUGGUUUGGUGCGGGGAACUUUUUCUUUAGUUGGUUUGGGUUUGGAUUUUUUGUUUGUUUUGAUCUUUAUUUUCUUUGUUUGUUUUUUCUUUUUCCCGUUGUUUUUCAUUUUCCUUUGAACGCGGUUUUGCGCGAGGCUUUGGCGAUGGGUCUUGUCUGUGCCGGGGGAACGGUGAGAGCGGGGCAAGGGCCGGGAGCGGGGGAGCGGACCCCCGAGGCUAGGGAGCAGUCCCUUUCCUCUCCGUUGUUGCCUCAAUAAUCCUAGCUAGCUCAAGGAAAACAAGGGGAAAAAAAGUUACUCCACAACCCCUUUGUCUCUCCUCCCUCGCCUGCGUGGUUUGCGUUUCCAGCUGUGUCCAAAGACAGGUCACUCUCUCUGCAGAGGUGCAUCUGGAGGCAGAUGCCAAACCUGCCAGAGCGGGGAUGCUCUCCAAAAGACUAUGUUCAGACUCAUUAAGGCUCACGGUUAACUAUGUUCUUUCUCCUCCCUCCUUCCCUCCCUCCCCGCUGCUCCCAACCGUAUGCCCCCCGGCAUCCCCACCAAAUCUGCUGGAUUUAGGUUAAAGUCCUCCCUUGGUUUUCUCCAAGGGCUGGAGGUUAUUGCACCCGGUAGGCAAAAGAAAUCACCGGUGAUGGGUUUGGAAUGACAUUUGUUUCUGAGGGAUGUGCAUGUUGGGAACAAACACACGAGAGAAAAACCACUUGGGCUUAAAAGUCGUUUAUUGUAUAUCAUAAACGUUACGUGGAGGAAGGCUUUUGGAAGGGGUGUGUGGGGGUCAAUUUGCACUAUCACAGUCUCCUGGCUUGGAAGCGAUGAUGUUAUUCUGUAGUAACCAUGCUGGUAUUAUUGCUAAUAAUCGUCAAGGUGCGUUACAUGUCUCACGGAUUGAAAACAAACAAAAUUAUCAGGGCUUGUUAGGUAAAAAUGAGAGUGACGUGCAGAAGCCAUCUCUGAAUCUGUCUCUUGCCGAGAGACUGCUGAGGCUUUCAAAUAAAAAAAAAAAGAAUUUCUGAAAAGAAAAUACCAUUCCGUUUAAAUCAAAACAAUCAAUAGACUGAAAUUAUGCAUGACAUGACCUGAAAAAAAUUAAAAAAAAAAAAAAGAAAAAGAAAAGGAAAGAAAAAGAAAAGAAAAGAGGGGGAAAAGGCAUAGAAAGAUCCGUGAUAAAGUCUCGAUAUUAUUUAUUUAUUUAUCUAUUUAUUUAUCUAUUUAUUUUAUUAUUAUUGUUAAUAUUAUUAUUAUUAUUAUUUUGUGUAUCAUUGUUUGCAGCGCAAACAUUCUAUGCAUUUUGAAACUGAGCACUAAAUAGACUAGCUUCUGGUAGAAUCUUUUGUGGAUGGUGUAAUUUCACAGUUUAACUGCCUGUGUUCACCGAAAACACAAACGUUCUUGUCACGUUCUUGUAUUUAGAUUUAAAAGAGGGGGAAAAAAAAAGAAAAAAAAAAGAUAAGAAAGACGAUUGUAAAUAUUUUCUUUAAUGCACAAAACAACAACAACAACAACAAAAGGUUACAAACUGCAACCACGUGUGGAUCCUGAAAUGUCUCACUGAAUAAUCUACCUGUCCAUGUAUGUUUGCUGAGCUUUCUCCUUGGUUGUGUCUUUACUCUAUUUAAUUUCUAUCAGAAAUAUUUCUGUACGCCAAAAUACAACAGGGAGAUGUGUCCCAGCAUACUUACAAAUAAAACAAACGUAAAAACAGAAUAGUUAUUAUUAUCAUUAUUGGGUGCAUUUAAAAAAAAAAAAAAAAGAAAAAUAUUUCCACGGCUGGUAAAUUCAAGGUAUGGCCGUUAGACGAUAAGACUAAUUCUACCAAAAAGAAAAUAGUGAGAGAUGUAUUUUUCUGCUAAAUCCAGAAAUCAUUACUUUGAGAUAGCUCUUAUGUGAAAAUCGGUGCUCUGAAUAAAAUUAACUAUAUAUUAGCUGCGUGUGUUUCUUGAAGUUUAUUCUAUAACUGCAGAAUAUAAAUCAAAGUAAAAUUUUAAGAAGGACUUCUGAAGUAUUUCUUUUCAGUGUGCUGGAAAGGAUUAUGCACCUACAAAAUAUGUAUAAAGAAGAAAAGCUUGGGUGGUUUCAGGUUUAUAUGUUGUUCUGACUGGCCUAAUUGCACUUAAUUAUGUAACAAGAUACUUUAUUUUUAUUUUGGGUUAAUAAAUAUGAAAAUCCUAAACUGAUCUCUCCUUAUGUUGUGAAUGCAAUUGUUCAUUAGGAACGUAUAGGAUGCCACCUACUGCUUCAAGUGAUCAAAGAACCUCUUUCUAUUUUCUGAUGACCUGUGACUAGAUCAGAUGCCAAAUGUAAAAAGUUACUUAAUAGCUGGGAUUAUUUCUUCUGUAGACAUAUUUUAGCCAAAUCUUUUUAAUUUUGCCGGUAAAUCUGUGAACCAAGACACGUGAUGUUCAGAAAAGAAUAAUACGUUAAAAAAGCUGUGAUUUUAAGCAACUGUUGAUGUUAAAAAAUAAGCACUAAAGGUAUUUUUAAAAAAACCCAUAGAUCUCGUCCACCAGAAAUUGACUUGUUUCUGUUGUUAUUAACUUGAAAUGUCAUCAGAAUUUUUAAUAAAUGCAUUUGUAAAAAUAUUAUUUUAUAGAAAAGUAUUACCGGAUAUCAUUUUUUGGAGAGUCAGGAAUGAACAAAUAAAAAUAAUUACAAAUGUUGGGUUUUCUUUUUCAUCUGCCCCAAAUGAAUGAAAUGUUGAAAGCGAUACCACAUUUGUAUCAUUCAGUAAUGACCGCUGUAUGUGUUGAAAAGUUGAGGAGUUUGUUUUGUAAUAAGUACAAUCCUUAUUGAGUACAAAGAGAAAAAAAAAAAAAGUAUGUUAAUAAAACAGAUG